AUGGAACUGAAUUUACGAGUAGUGCUGUUCUGGGUCCUGGUGCUGCACUGUGGCUCUGCUGAAGGCAGUAUCCUGUACCGGGUCCAGGAGGAGCAGCCUCCCAACACUCUCAUUGGGAGUCUGGCAGCGGACCAGGGCCUGCCGGACUCAGGUCAUCUCUACAAGCUGGAGGUGGGGUCCCCUUAUCUUCGUGUCGAUGGAAAGACUGGGGACAUUUUCACCACGGAGAUUCCCAUAGACAGAGAGACCCUGAGGGACUGUCGGACCCUGGCUAAGGGUAAGCCCUGCUACCUGGAGUUUGAGGUAUCAGUGACUGAUCUGAUACAAAACCAGAGCCCACGACUCAUUGAAGGACGCAUCGAGGUACAGGACAUCAAUGACAACACUCCACAGUUCCCCUCAUCUGUGCUCACCAUCUCUGUCCCAGAGAACACCAUCAUGGGGGCUCUGUUCUCCAUACCACUUGCUACAGACAGAGACUCUGACAGAAAUGGGGUGGCGGAUUAUGCUCUGACUGCAGGGCCAGACGCAGCAACCCUUUUUGGUUUACAGGUGGCUGACGACAGGGGGGGGAAGCUCCCACAGCUCAUUGUCCUGGGCAACCUAGAUCGCGAGUUAAAGGAUUCCUAUGACCUCACCAUCAAGGCGGUGGAUGGAGGAAACCCACAGCGCUAUAGCAGUGCUCUGCUGAGAGUGGUGGUCACCGAUGCCAACGACAACUUCCCCAAGUUCGAGAGGUCCACGUAUGAGGCGGAAGUGUCGGAAAACAGUCCAGUGGGGCACUCUGUGCUGCAGGUCAAAGCAAAUGACUCUGACAUGGGCCCUAAUGGAGAAAUUGAGUACACCCUUCACCAAGCUGUAGACCCGGUGCCGAAACUCUUGCGGAUUGAUCGCUCCACAGGCAUUAUCUAUGUCAAAGGACCCCUGGACAGGGAGGAAAUCAGCAGCUUGUCCUUCUAUGUUGUGGCCAGGGAUAAGGGUCCUCAACCUAAAAGCUCUAACACGUUUGUAACCAUCGAGGUGACUGAUCAAAAUGACAACGCUCCAGCCGUGGAGAUUCGUGGAAUUGGUCUUGUGACACACAGUGAAGGAGUGGCUAACAUAUCAGAGGACAUGCCAGUUGGAACAGCUGUUGCUUUGGUGCAAGUGUCUGACAAGGAUGAGGGAGAGAACGCUGUGGUUACUUGCGUGGUUGCAGGAGACGUGCCCUUCCAGCUGCGGCCUGCCAGCGACUCAUCCAGUGACAACAAAAGGAAGUAUUUCCUACAGACCACCACUCCCCUCGACUACGAAAGGAUUAGGGAUUACCGAGUAGAGAUUGUGGCUGUGGAUUCUGGAAAUCCAGCGCUCUCUAGUACAAAUUCUCUAAAGGUGCAAGUGACUGAUGUGAAUGACAACUCCCCAAUAUUCUCCCCAACUUUGUUUGAAGUAGAUUUUGCUGAAGAAAACCAACCAGGGGAGAAAGUUUUGGAUGUUACUGCUUCGGAUGCAGACAGUGGCACUAAUGCUGAACUCCUUUAUAAUAUUGUGGCAGACUCAUCCAUCAAAGGUCUGUUUGAGAUUGACCCAAAUACGGGCGAAGUAAGAGCCCGAAGCCCGCUUGACCGUGAGCAUAAAGAACACUAUGAGUUCCGGGUCACCGCAGCCGAUAAAGGGUCACCUGUUCAUAAAGGAACAGCAACAGUUGUAAUAAAAGUCCUUGACCGCAACGACAAUGACCCCAAGUUCAUGCUCAGUGGCUACAGCUUUUCAGUUCUGGAAAACAUGCCUCCCCUCAGUCCAGUUGGCAUGGUGACAGUCCUGGAUGUGGACAAAGGUGAGAACGCUCGAGUUCACCUUUCUGUGGAGCCCGAUGGAGGGAAGUUUGUUGUUCAAAAUGGAACGGGAACCAUCCUGUCAAGCAUCUCAUUCGACAGGGAGAAAGAAAGCAGCUAUACUUUCCGUCUCAAAGCAGUGGAUGGAGGAGAGCCGCCUCGGUCCUCAUAUGUUGGCGUUACCAUCAAUGUACUGGAUGAAAAUGACAAUGAUCCUGUCGUCACCAAGCCCUCCAAUUCGUCCUUCAGGCGCUUGUCACCUUUAGCUUCCCCAGAUAGCCACGUUGAGGUGGUGGAAGCUGAAGACCUUGAUAGCGGGCCUAAUGCAGAGCUGGUCUUCAGUAUUGCUGGUGGAAACCCUUAUCAGCUAUUUCGCAUUUCCCCCUCCAGUGGGGAGAUCACUCUAGCAAAAGAAAUGACCCGUAAACAUGGCGGACUGCAUCGCCUAGUGGUGCGAGUGAGUGACAGGGGGAAGCCCGCACGUCACGCCACUGCCCUGGUCCACAUCUAUGUCAAUGAAACCAUUUCAAAUGUCAGCUUAGUGGAGGCUCUAGUAGGACACAGUCUUUACACUCCACUGGACAGGGACAUUGCUGGUGAUCCUGACAACGGUUUUGCUGCACAGCGUAGUAAUAUUUUGUUUGGGAGCCUCGCUGGUGUGGCAGGUGUUGUCAUGUUGAUCUUGGUGGUGGUGUUUAUUCGACACCGCAUCCAGAGAGAAACUAAGAGUGGGUAUCAGGCUGGCAAGAAGGAAACAAAGGACUUAUACGCACCCAAGCAGGCUCCAAAGAAUGCCAAAGGCAAACGAGGAAGGAAAGGGAAACCCCAAAAGUCCCCAAAACCACUUGGAGAAGACGAGGAAGUCAGCCUUCAGAAGAGUCUCAAGUUCAACCUCGAUGGAGUCAAUGACAGCCCCAGGAUACACCUGCCCUUGACAUAUUCACCAGGAAGCCCUGAUAUAGGCAGACACUACCGCUCCAACUCCCCAUUGCCCUCCAUCCAGCUGCAGGCCCAAUCCCCUUCAGCCUCCCAGAAGCAUCAGGCUGUCCAGGACCUUCCUGCCGCUAACACCUUUGUAGGGACGGGAGGAGAUGACAAUUCUACCGGCUCAGACCAGUACUCAGACUACAGCUACAAGACCAGCCAAAUGAAGUACAGCAACAAACAGCAUCCCCAUCGGCGAGUGACCUUCUCCACCACCAACCCCGUGCAGGACCUGCAGGACGCCUCUCAGCACAGCUACUAUGACAGCGGCUUGGAGGAAUCGGAGACUCCCAGCAGUAAGUCAUCGUCUGGUCCUCGCAUCGGACCCCUGACCCUGCCUGAGGACCACUAUGAGAGAACCACUCCAGAUGGCAGCAUUGGAGAGACCGAGCACCCUGAAAACGAUAUCCGCUCCAUCCCUGACGUGGCAAUGACCGGAAACUGCACAACUGAGUGUAGCGAGCUGGGCCACUCAGAUGCCUGCUGGAUGCCCGGGCAUCCCUCCCCCGUACGCAAGACCAGGAACCCCCCGAAACUCUCCACCUUCGUGCCUUACCAGGAGAGAGGGAGCCUGGGACGCCUUGCCAACGGGAGCGCCAGGCUGGGUGGUGAGGAGCACCGGCCGCGCCUUCCACCCUCCCGCAGUGCCUAUUCCAACAGCGGUCACGACGCCAGUCAGGACUGCCCCUCGGAGGAGAUGCCCCUGAGCGUUGCCUCCGAGUUCCCGCCCACCUCCCCAUCUGCCCACACUCCAAAAAGAGAAAUUUACCUGUGAGGAAUAUCAUCUGAUUGGUGCACAACGGAAGAAAAGUUACACCCACUUCAGAAGAAGAAACAGGCUGUCCACAUGCUGAAGCCAAUGCCCGUUUUGUAGGUAACAAUAGGCUGUGACUCAUCCGAUCACUGGCAUGAACACUUGUUUUCUGUCAUAUCCUCCUUAAAUUAUUAAUUUAUUAGCAUAUUUAUUAAGAAUUCCACAGAGUUAAUUGACGCACUCACUCAUUUAUUUAUACAAAAUCCUGAAGGAGACAGUGAUGAAAAGGAAAAACGCAGAUGGCAAUUGCUACUUUAGUAGUAACUAAUUAUUGUUGUAGUUAGCCAAGUCCCAUUCUGUGAAGUGAUCUCUUGAAUUUGAAAGUUGUGAUCAGUGCUCUUGUGCCAUUAUUAGAUAUAAUUUCAUAGAAAGCCAGUCCGGCCCUAUCAGAAGGCAUAACACUUUUGACUAACAAUCAAUCUUAAUGUACAGUGAUGUAUAUACAUUUGAAUGGCGUGUUCUACAUAUAUUUUUGUCUGGCAUAAGCUGAAAAAAAAGAAGAAGAAAUUGCCUCAGAAUUUUAGCAUAUUUAAGCUUUUCUUUGCUGCUGCUGUUUAAACUUGAUUGAAACCAUCUCCAGAAGUGGAGCUUGAUAUCGUGAAAGGCAUUUAUCCGCUCCACACAAUCACAUACACACACACACACACACACACACAUAUAUACACACACCUUGGACCCCAAAUCAUAGUAGAAUGGCCUUUACCUCUGCUCCCUGUAGAGCUGUGCCACUGGUGGAGAAAGCUGUGUGGCAACAUUUAAACUGACAUUAUGUUCCACUGACUCUCAGCACUGUGACCUAUCGUUCAUCAUGAAAACGGUUGACUUGGCCACAGCACCCCGCAGUCACAAUGACCAGAGCACUCACCAGACACUUUCUGAUUGGCUUUUUUUUUUCAUUUGAGACCUCGUGACACACACUCCGCUGAUGAAAUCAUAGCAGUGUAUCAGUAAAGCUCCUCUCUGUCGUGACAAUCAGAUGGGCUCUCACAAUCCUCUCCCCCUCAUCAUCCAUAAGAACUUGUGCAGAUCUAAUGAAUUCAGAGUUAUUUACACGAAAGGGCACUCGAGCGCGGCUAACCACUGAAGAACUUGAGCACUCAUGGAAGUUAAUUUAAAGCU